AUGACGCCCGAGGACCAGGAGGAGCGGCUGCCGCUGCUGGGGCUGCCCGGCGGCAGCGUCCCCCGCGGCCGCCGGGUCUUCCUCGCCGCCUUUGCAGCCGCCCUGGGCCCGCUCAGCUUCGGCUUCGCGCUCGGCUACAGUUCCCCGGCCAUCCCGAGCCUGCGGCGCGACGUGCCCCGAGCCCCGCGCCUGGACGACGACGCGGCCUCCUGGUUCGGGGCCAUCGUGACCCUGGGCGCCGCGGCGGGGGGCGUGCUGGGCGGCUGGCUAGUGGACCGCGCCGGGCGCAAGCUGAGCCUCCUGCUGUGCGCCGUGCCCUUCGUGGCCGGCUUCGCUGUCAUCACCGCGGCCCAGGACCUGUGGAUGCUGCUCGGGGGUCGCCUCCUCACCGGCCUGGCUUGCGGCGUCGCCUCGCUAGUGGCCCCGGUGUAUAUCUCCGAAAUCGCCUACCCGGCAAUCCGGGGGCUGCUCGGCUCCUGUGUGCAGCUGAUGGUCGUCACCGGCAUCCUCCUCGCCUACAUGGCAGGCUGGACCAUGGAGUGGCGCUGGCUGGCGGUGCUGGGCUGUGUGCCCCCGUCCCUCAUGCUGCUGCUUAUGUGCUGCAUGCCCGAGACCCCACGCUUCCUGUUGGCACAGCACAAGCACCAAGAAGCUGCGGCUGCCCUGCAGUUCCUGUGGGGCUCCCAGCAGGACUGGGAGGAGCCCCCCACCAGGGAGGAGCACCAGGGCUUCCACCUGGCCCAGCUGCGGCAGCCGGGGGUCUACAAGCCCUUUGUCAUCGGCGUGUCACUGAUGGCCCUCCAGCAGCUGUCUGGCAUCAAUGCUGUCAUGUUCUAUGCAGAGACCAUCUUUGAGGAGGCCAAGUUCAAGGACAGCAACCUGGCCUCUGUGGUCGUGGGCGUGAUCCAGGUGCUAUUCACUGCUGCCGCAGCGCUCAUCAUGGACAGAGCGGGGCGGAGGCUGCUUCUGGUCGCCGCAGAGCCUGUGGAGGCCAGCACAGGGCUGGCCUGGCUGGCUGUGGGAAGCAUGUGCUUCUUUAUCGCUGGCUUUGCUCUGGGCUGGGGACCCAUCCCCUGGCUCCUGAUGUCAGAGAUCUUCCCCCUGCACGUUAAGGGGGUGGCCACCGGCGUCUGCGUCCUCACCAACUGGCUCAUGGCCUUUCUAGUGACAAAGGAGUUCAGCAGCCUCAUGGAACUCCUCAAGCCCUACGGAGCCUUCUGGCUCGCCUCUGCCUUCUGCGUCUGCGGCGUCCUCUUCACUGUGCUCUGCGUCCCUGAGACCAGAGGGAAGACUCUAGAACAAAUCAUAGCCCAUUUUGAGGGCCGGUGACAGCUCCUCCUGUGCUUGGCUGCCCCUCCUCGCCCGGCUGGUUUGGGGCUUUGAAGGGACAAAGCCAGCUCCAAACCCUUGCUGCCCCAGGAGAGCUGGGACCCAGGACCACAGCCCCUUGGAGCCUUGGCUUUCAGGAUCCUCCUCCCUGAGAUACGAGGUGCCAGCCUUGGUCCAGGGCCUGCUGCCACCCUGCAGAUUCCGGAGCAAGGAGCGGCUCGGGGCCCUGGGGAAGCCCUGGGAUCGGCCUUCCACGUGCCCAUCUCCUGCCCCCCCGCCCCCCACGUACACACCGCGGAGAAGGAGAUGGCUCUGGGUUCCUGUCGUGUGGCUGGAGAUGCUUCUGGAGGCUGGGUGCUGGGCACCCCGUAUUGACUCUGUAGUGGUUGGAUUACCAGGAAGGAACUUUGUUUGCCAAAUAAAAUCUGGCUCGCAAAAUUGGGUCACAACCAGUUUGUGAGCCCUCAUGUGAGAAUGGGAUAUUCCUCUCUCCCCAAGUGGAGAACAUUCUCCUGGUCAGCCAAGCCCACCCUUGCCCCCUGGAAGUCAUUUGGGCGCUUCCUUAGACUCCACCCCCGGGGUCACUCGUCAUCCAUUUUGAUGAAUUUCAGAAAGAAGGCCUCUUUCUAUUAAAGGCUUUUCUAAGUUACCUUUAUUAUCCAUUAUAUAAAUGAUCGUGAAGAUUGAUCAUGGAAGUACAGCGAUGACGCAUCAUCAGAUGGGUGGGCAUCCGUGCCAUCAGCGGAAGGCCUUGUAGCGUAAAAGCGAGUUCCCCAGAGGAGAAAGAUCCGGCAGACUAGCGUAGCCUGCCAGUUUCCCGCCUGGUCAGCCUUGCCAGCCUCUACAGUCACAUAAGCCAGCUCCUAAAGUUUACUCCAACUUCGUGGUGCAGUGAGUUACUGUAAGUUGGCCCUUCUAGCUACCAUGCUCUUGUGACUACACAGUGAUUGGAUGGGACGAUGCAAGUAAGGUGCCUGUGGAUUACCAAGAGGAUUGGACAGUCCUGUCUCAGCCCAGCACAGCACCAUCAGGCCCAUAAAGAGGGGCACGAUGGAGCGUACAGAAGGGCAGGGGCCAUAGAAGUUGUGCUUCACUUCACCCAGAGAAAAACAUGCCCUCAUCACCACCACUCGAACCUCUCUUCCCACCCUCUGCCUUCCACCCACCCACCUGGACAAUCAGUCAGCAACCUAAGGGAGGCAUGCCUCUUAGUGGUCACGGGCAAAAUUGCAACCACUGGAGAGCCAUGCGCUCUGCUGCCUUGGGACCAAGGCUGGUAGGUCUUCAUGAAGGAGGAAAUGGACCACUUGGAGCUGCCUGCACUCCUGGGAGCAUCACCCGGUAUUCUAGCUCUCUCUCACCUUCCUCCCUAACGGUCCUGGGGACCAUGUCCCUCCGGGCCUGAUGAGAGCUCUCAAGGAACUUACGUCCUAGCAGAAGCCUUCUGGAGACCAAAAACAAAUGUUGGAAAGAGAAGGGGCUGGGGAAGUCGCUCGGAGCAAAGAAUAAAUGGUGUUUGUUUGUUUUUAAA